AUGGCCAAUGGUGAUAUCAAAUAUCAAGAGGAAUAUAUUUCAAAUGCACGAGGAUUGAACCUCUUUACAUGCCAAUGGAGCCCUUCAAACUACGAACCAAAAGCUCUCAUCUUCUUAUGUCAUGGAUAUGCCAUGGAAUGCAGCAUUUCAAUGAGAGGCACCGGCACACGGCUGGCAAAGGCUGGAUUUGCGGUGCACGGAGUGGACUAUGAAGGCCAUGGAAAGUCUUCAGGACUUCAAGGCUAUAUUAGCAAUCUAAAUGAUGUCGUGGUCGAGAUCAAGGCAGCAGGUGCCGAAGAUACACAGGGCAGCACGGAGCUCGCUAGUGCAGCUCAUGUGGUGGUCAGUGUGGAAGGAGCGGAACUCGCGGAUUUUUGA